AUGUCUUUACACUAUUUAAUAACAAACAAUAAUAAGAAUAUGCAAAAAUAGAUUGAGUUUAAAAAUUUUAUAGUCAAAAAUUAGGCAUUCAGUAUAAAAAAAAGACCUUAAAAACUUUAAAUUCGAAAUACUAGAUAAAUUACAUUUGGUUCAACAAAUGAUAGAGAAAUUCAUCAUUAAAAAUUGCCAAGUCUUUCUCCUUAUGAUGUUAACUAUUAAUAGGUAGAUAAACACUAAAGAAUAGUUUAAAUAAAAUAAGAUAGACAAUCUUCAUAAUAAUUUACUCAAGAAAGUACCCCAACUCCUUCUAGUAGAAAUGAAACAGAUAUCAGAUAAAGAAAAAGAAGUCUUAAUUUAAAUGAAAUAAAAGUUAGAAUUCCAAAGAUUAAUUUAAAAAUGCCUUCAAAUUAUUUUGAUUUUGAAAUACAAUAGCCUAUGAGUUCAAAAUAAGUGUAUCAUUUAUUUGACAUUUUAAAGUAAUAUUAUCAAUAUUUUUAGAGAAAAAUACCAAAUAAAAAUUACAAAGGAAGUAUGA